AUGAACCUGCUGGAACAUACUCUUAAUAAUGUCAACGGCGAUGUCGUGCUCCCAGAAUCUCAGCAGGACACCAAGGAAAGGGGCUCCCAGACAGCACCUGCAGAAGCAGCGCCUGCAGACACACCACCUGCAGACGCACCACCUGCUGAUGCAGCAGAGGCAACACCUGCGGAAGGAGAAGCUAAGCCAGCAGAAGAGGAAGCAAAACCUGCAGAGGAUGCACAACCAGGAGAAGAGGCAUCAGAAGCUCAACCUGCAGAAGAACCCCCAGAGAAGACAGAAUUGACUGGUCUCAUUGUGGAGAAACCAGAGAGUGCCUGCGCUGUAACUGGGUUAAACAUUACAUUUAAGGCGAAGGUGGACUCUACCAACCUGACAAGGAAGCCCACCAUGAAAUGGCUAAAGGGAAAGUGGCUGGACCUGGGCAGUAAGGCAGGCAAACACCUGCAGUUUAAGGAGACCUAUGACAGAAACACCAAGAUUUACACCUAUGAGAUGACGAUCAUCAAAGUGGUUGCGGGAGAUGCAGGAGCUUACAGGUGUGAGGUUACCUCCAAAGACAAGUGUGACAGCUGCACGUUUGAUGUCGAAGUGGAAGCUGCCCAUGUAGGGGAUAACUCCGAGAACAUUCUCCAGGCAUUCAAAAGAUCAGAUGCAGGAGAAGAUGAUGGCGACUUGGACUUCAGUGCUUUGCUAAAAGCAGCCAAAAAGAAGAAGGAGCAACCAAAAAUGGAGGAAGUUGAUGUCUGGGAACUCCUGAAGGCAUCUCAUCCCAGCGAGUAUGAGAAGAUAGCUUUUCAAUAUGGCAUCACUGACCUGCGUGGCAUGUUAAAGCGUUUGAAGAAAAUGAAAGUAGUGGAGCCCAAGAAGUGUGAUGCCUUCCUGAAGAAACUGGAAGCAGCUUACUCAGUAGAUAAGGGCAAGAGGAUAAUACUGACAGUGGAAGUGGCUGAUCCUGAUGUCCAAGUCAAGUGGCUGAAGAAUGGACAGGAGAUCAAACAGUCAGCCAAAUAUCUUCUUGAGUCUGCAUGCAACAAGAGGAGUCUCAUCAUCAAUAGGUGCAACCUGGCAGAUGAUGCAGCCUAUGAGUGUGUGAUUGGGGAUGACAAGUGCUUCACUGAGGUCUUCGUCAAGGAGCCACCUAUUACUAUCACCAAGCUGCUGGACGACUACCAUGUGGUGGUGGGAGAAAGGGUGGAGUUUGAAGUGGAGGUAUCAGAAGAGGGAGCCCAUGUCAUAUGGAUGAAGGAAGAGGAGGAGCUUUCAAGAGACGAUAACCAUAAGUAUCGCUUCAAGAAAGACGGGAAGAGGCACUGGCUAAUCAUAAAUGAGGCACAGAUGGAGGACAUGGGAAUGUAUUUUGUCUACACCAAUGGUGGCCAUUCCAAGGGUGAACUGGAAGUGGAAGAAAAACAGCUGGAAGUAUUGCAGAGCAUUUCUGACCUAACAGUCAAGGCAACAGAGCAGGCAAUGUUCAAGUGUGAGGUGUCUGAUGAAAAGGUGACAGGAACAUGGUUUAAAGAUGGUGUGGAGGUCGUCGCCAGUGACCGCAUCAAAAUUACACAUUUCGGAAGGAUACACAAGUUGUUGAUAGAUGAUGUGAAGCCAGAGGAUGCUGGAGACUAUACUUUUGUCCCAAAUGGAUAUGCCCUCUCCAUCUCUGCAAAACUGAACUUCCUGGAAAUCAAGAUUGACUAUGUACCUCGUCAAGACCCACCAAAGAUCCACCUGGACACGACUGGAAACAUGGUUUCCCAAAACACCAUUAUUGUUGUCGCUGGCAAUAAGCUUCGCCUGGAUGUGGAGAUCACUGGAGAGCCUGCUCCCAUAGUAUGCUGGAUGAAAGGAGACCAGGUUAUUUCAGGCGGAGAAGGACGUGUGAGAGUAGAGGACAGGAAAGACCUGAGCUCCUUUGUGAUAGAGGGAGCAGAGAGGGAAGACGAGGGAAACUACAUCAUAACUGUCACCAACCCUGCUGGAGAGGACAAAGCCAAACUCUUUGUCAAGAUCGUAGAUGUGCCCGAUCCCCCCGAGGCUGUCAAGUGUGUAUCGGUGGGUGAGGACACUGCCAACAUUGUCUGGGAGCCUCCCAAAUUUGAUGGGGGUGCACCUAUUAAAGGCUAUCUAAUGGAGAGGAAGAAGAAAGGAUCCUCGAGAUGGACAAAGCUUAACUUUGACAUAUAUGAGUCGACAAACUACACCGCCAAGAGGAUGAUUGAAGGGGUGAUGUACGAGAUGAGGGUAUUCGCAGUCAAUGGCAUCGGCAUAUCCCAGCCCAGUCAAAACUCCAAGCCCUUCAUGCCCAUUGCCCCAACUAGCGAACCUACACGCCUCAUCGUGGAUGAUGUGACAGACAGCACUUGCACCCUGAAGUGGCUGGACCCAGACAGAAUAGGGGCAGGAGGCAUCGAUGGAUACGUCAUUGAGUACUGUAAGGAAGGAGACACAGAGUGGGUGCGGGCCAACCCGGACCUGGUGGAGAGGAAUAGCUACAUGGUCCGAGGACUUCCCGUUGGGGAGAAGAUGGAUUUCAGAGUGGUGUGCGUCAAUAUUGCGGGACGCAGCCCUCCUGCUAGGCUUCAGCAGGCAGUCACCAUCCGCGAGAUUGUGGAGCUCCCCAAGAUCCGUCUUCCACGUCAGUUGAGAACUAAGUACAUCAGGAAAGUGGGUGAGACGAUCAACCUGGUCAUCCCCUUUCAGGGUAAGCCUCGACCUGUUGCAGUGUGGACCAAGGAUGGUGAGCCAGUGGAUCCCAAAAAAGUGGGUGUGCGCAACUCCUUCGUGGACACAGUCCUGUUCAUCCGAUCUGCUGAGCGGGAUCACACUGGAAAAUACACACUCACAGUGCAGAUCGAGAACAUGGAGGACAAGGCCAGCAUUGACAUCCGAAUUGUGGAGAAACCAGGGCCACCUGUUGGGGUGAAGGUAACUGAUGUGUGGGGCUUCAACGCAGCUCUGGAGUGGGAUCCCCCUAAAGAUGAUGGCAACUGUGAAGUCACAGGCUACAGCAUACAAAAGGCUGACAAGAAAACCAUGGAGUGGUUCACUGUGUAUGAGCACAACAGGCGCACAAACUGCACUGUGUCUGACCUCAUUAUGGGAAACGAGUAUAUGUUCCGUGUCUACAGUGAGAACAUCUGUGGGCUGAGUGAAGAACCCACAUUCAGCAAGAACACAGCUACCAUAGCCAAGACAGAUUUGGCUUUAAAUCAAACUGCUUUUAAGGAGAAGGACUUGAGCAGUUCCCCCAAAUUUACACAGCCAUUGUCCAACAGAUCUGUCAUCGCAGGGUACAGUACUGCUAUCAGCUGUGCUGUGCGGGGCUUCCCCAAGCCCAAAAUCACCUGGAUGAAGAAUAAAAUGAUAAUUGGAGAGGACCCUAAAUAUCUCAUGCAGAAUAAUCAGGGGGUUCUGACCCUCAACAUCCGCAAGCCUGGCUUGUUUGACGGGGGAAAGUACACCUGCAAGGCUGUCAAUGCUCUGGGAGAGGAUGAAGUGGAAUGCAAGCUGGAGGUCCGAGCUCUCCAAGCCGAGAAGGUGGAGUGAUGCCGUGAAAGCACAAAUCAGGCAAUAAAUCAGAAGAC